AUGACGACGAUAUCAACUUAUACCCUGCCGGCACCUGUCGAGGAAAAGUACACCGCGGUCUACCACCGGGAGUUUGUACUUGAGCAGCGAACAGACCCUACUUAUACCUCUACCCCAUCGGCACCCACGGAUUCGAUCAUACCACCGAAGACUCAGCGUGCACUGCUUCUCCAUGCUGCGGGUGAACAAUAUACCCUGGUAACUGAUCAUGCCAUCCCGGAGAUCUCCCACAAGGAUGAGAUUUUAGUUAAGAUCCAAGCAGUCGGGUUAAACCCUGUCGAUUGGAAGGGCCCAGCCUUCAACUUCGGCCUUCCGAGUCUACCAUGGAUCAACGGUCGUGAUCUCGCAGGAGAAGUGGUUCGGGUCAAUAAUGAGAACAGUCGGGUUCGUGUCGGCGAUAAGGUGCUUGUUCCCUCAACAGAUUAUCGUGAUAUUCGGAAAGCAGCCUUCCAAGAAUACGCCGUUGCCACCCACUUCAACGCCGCACGUAUACCAUCUAACUCCUGCGUGCAUGCCUCUGCAUCGCUCGGUGUCGCCUUUGUUGCCUCGGUUCUAGCACUUGGUGUAUCACUCGGCCUUGAUUUCAGACAGUGUCUACAAUGCCCGGGGCCCAACCUGCAGGAUACGGUCACUCAGCUUGAUAUCAAUGACAUACCGGCGGAUAUUCGUGGGGAGUGCUUUUCGUCCAGUGCAGUACCAGAGCGCCUCACAUCCACCACAACCGGAUAUAUCACGCUCCAGCUCGCCAAGCUUGCAGGCCUCCGCGUCAUCUGUGUAGCAGACAUCGCCCGUCACGGCUCGCGACUUCAUCAACUCGGUGCAGAUGUUCUUGUUGAUCGACAAGAUACGGAACGGGCUGUAGAUAUCAUACGCGGAGUCACCGGGGGUAAACUCCGAUAUGCUGUUGACAUUGUCGGGGCGGAGACGGCCACUCUACUACAGCGCACACUCGACGAUACUAUCCGCGAGGAUGGAUCCCAUUCCCAUUUGCUUGGGUUGACAGGCCUACCGAAGGAAAGAAAUGAGGCCUUGGUAUAUCACACUGUUCCGAUCAAGCUGUUCCAUACAUCGCCGACCGUGGGAGAGCAGAUGGUCUCCUGGUUGGAGGGUUUGCUCGAGACAGAAGCACUGCAACUGCCGGAGGUUGUUCGACAUGAGGGUGGGUUAGGGAGUAUCAAUGAGUCGUUGGAGGUGUUGCGAAAGGGAAGUGUGUCGGGGAAGAGGAUUGUUGUUGAUAUGGAGUAG